AUGCUGGAUUCGUCAGUGCUUGUGGCUGGCGUAGUCAUCGGAGUGGUCCUGUUUCUAUCCUGCGUGGCCAUCCUGAUUGGCAGUCUGCGAAAAAAUCAGUGCUUUCGGCAUCUCCAGCUGUGGAGCGAUGCCAGCUACACUCCAGACUGUUUUUCUUACGGCGGUUCUGUCGGAGAGCUAAGAUCCAACUGUGCUGAGGAAUUCCCGCCAACAUUUUACUUUAGCUCUUACAUGGAGACACUUUCCCAGGCCAACAUCUUACACCCAGACUCGCCACCACGGUACGAUGAAUGUGUUGGGCCUGGAGCAGCCCAAAUCUAUCUUCCAACAGAAGAUCCUCCACCUUAUUCUCUGAUAGACCCUUGUCAGCAGAAUGAUGUGUCUAUCAACAACCCGUUGGAGGAAAGGGGAUCUACCAGUACAACAAUGGGAAGGGAUUCUGAAGGUUUGGUUAGGAUACAGGACCUGCAUCAACCUUCUGCGGCCUCGUCGUCGUCCUUGCCAACAGACUCCGCUCCUCCGUACGAGGCUGUUGUGUGUGAACAGAAUGUUCCACAAGUCUCACUAGCUCUGUUGAAAGGUUCAGCAGACUACCAUCGGACACUUUUCAACAGAAUAGCAUAAACUAAUUACAUUGUGGGGACAUCAGAAGGAAACCUUCAAGGCGAAGGCAGGACGAUCACAUGGUGUACUUGCACCAAAACUUUUCU